CAAGAUAAAUGUACAUGGUUCGGGUCGUGUUUGCUUUGGAUCCACAAUUUGGGAUUUAAGUUGUUCUAAAAUUCAGCGAUGAUAUCUUGUUUCCAUAUUACAAAGCUUUGAUUUAAUUCAGUUAAUCGAUAAGUAUCUGAAUAUACAUUCGAUUUGUCACCUAGAUGAGUUGAACAAUUGAUAAAGUAUAGUUUUUGGUGCAUUAAAUUACGUGUGGAAAAUACUUCCAUCGAUCCCUUUUUGAACAGAAUUCAAACUAUGGUCUCAAACUCUGGAUAAAGUGAACACCGUGAUGCCCCCCGCUUGGUCGGAGUAUAUCACCAAUGUCUUAACUGAAAGUGGAUACGUAUCUCGGGCUGCUGUUGUGGGCGCUGAUGGGCGUCGUUGGGCAACAUCGGCCACUUUAGAACUGUCUUCUGCGGAGAUCCAAGCUAUCGCGCGGGGAUUUGUAGAACCUGCCAGUCUCCGAUUGGAUGGGAUAUUUCUGUGUGGUAAGCCUUACACGUGCACGCGGAUGGACAGUGUGGUGAUGGUGGGGCGUGAAAGCGCCGCUGGGUCGGGGUGUAUCGUGUAUCGAUGUAGGAACGCUUUAGUGAUAGGUGUGUAUGAGGAUGGUGUUCAUCCUGGAGGGUGUUAUAACAUGAUAUGUAAAGUGGGCGACUACCUCAGAGAGCAAGGAAUCUAAAUUUUAAGAAAAAUAUCGUGUUCUUCGUCAAACAUUGGGAUUUAAGUGGAAUCUUCGAAGAUUCGGAGAGAUCGACCCCUUUUCCUUGCCACAAACUAAAAAAUGGAUACUUAGAAGAAGACCAUGGAAAUUCGAUAAAGUAACAAAGUUUACAUAUGUAGUUUUAAUUGGUUUAAUGGUUCGACUGUGUUUGUGUAACAGCGUGAGAAAGUUAUCUUAAACCACAAAAGAAUCCACAGACAAUGAAAUGCCGCCUUAAACGCUCUUUAGAAAUGUCUUAAAUUGGAUUACAAUGAUUUUUUUUAAAAGUCGAUUUACGUUGUUCCAGCGAAUACAGGGUAUUACGGAUUUGUUAUUUUUGAAUGUAAUAAAUAAGCUUAUAUGUUUCUGGAUCAGCCUGUCGUCUGAUAAAUAAAGUCGAUUUUACCUCAUAACAGA